AUGCCGGAAAUCAAGCAGAUCAAGCUUACCGAGCCCUGGCUCAAGACUUCUUGUGGUCUGGGUGAAGCUCCGUUCUGGGACAAGAAGAGCAACACGUUGCGCUUUCUCGACAUCAUCAAGAAGCAGCUCCAUGUUGUGAAUCUCAAUGAGGGUCCUUCGUCACACAAGACAAUCACGCUUCCGUUCUCCAUUGGUUGCACUGCCAACAUCGAGGGCAAUGAUGACGAGUUCAUCUUCGGCGGCAAGGAAGGGUAUGGUAUCGCAAACAAGAAAACUGGCGAGCCAAGAUACAUCAAAAAGUUCUGGUCGGACGAGGAGGUGCAGAGUGGCAGAGCACACCGCUCGCGAAGCAACGAUGGUUCGGUCGACAGCCACGGCAGAUUCUACGUUGGUACCAUGAACGACCCUACGGUUGUGGACGAGCCUGGACCGGAAGACCUCAGCCUCCACAGAAUCAAGGAGCCAGUCACCAUCCCAAAUGGAAUGUCAUGGACUCUGGACAACAAGACCAUGUACAUUACUGACUCGCCAACUGGCAAGAUCGAGGCUUACGACUACAAUCUGGAGUCUGGCGAGAUAAACCUAAGCGCAGGACGUCCUUUCUUCAAGUGCCCUAUUGAGGGUGGUGUUCCAGAUGGCCACUGUCAAGAUGCCCAGGGUUAUUUUUGGGUUGCAAUGUUUGGAACCAGCAAGGUCGUGCGGGUGAGCCCGACGGGCGAGAUCUCUGUCGAAAUCACUCUUCCGACCAGAUGCGUCACCUGUCCAGGUAUUUGCGGAGAGGAUCUUUACAUCACAACCGCGGCAGAAGAAGACCCAGACAAGUACCCCGAGAGUGCAAGACUUCAAGGAGCCACGUUCAAGGUUCCAAUCGGUGUUACAGCCGCUCCGAUCAACGAAUUCAGGAUGUGGGCUAAGGUGUAG